AUGCAUCGAACAUACUCUAUGCGCCAGACCCGCGCGCCAACGGCGUCGCAGCUCCAGAGCCCGCCGCCUCCGCCGUCGUCCACCAAGUCCGGCCGCUUUUUUGGAAAGGGAAGCUUGGGCCAUGCUCUCCGUGGGAAAGCCGGUGGCGCCUUUGGGCCCGAUCUGGCCAAAAAGCUAUCCCAGCUCGUCAAGAUGGAGAAGAACGUUAUGCGAAGUAUGGAGCUUGUGGCCAAGGAGCGCAUGGAGGUGGCUCAACAAUUGUCCCUUUGGGGUGAAAACACCGACGAGGAUGUCUCUGACGUCACCGACAAGAUUGGCGUUCUCAUCUACGAAAUCGGCGAGCUAGAGGACCAGUACGUCGACCGAUACGACCAAUAUCGCAUUACGAUGAAGAGCAUCCGCAACAUCGAGGCAUCGGUCCAGCCCAGCCGAGACCGCAAGCAGAAAAUCACCGAUCAAAUUGCCCAGCUCAAGUACAAGGAGCCCAACUCCCCCAAGAUUGUGGUGCUGGAACAGGAGCUGGUUCGCGCCGAGGCCGAAUCGCUUGUGGCAGAGGCUCAGCUGUCCAAUAUCACCCGCGAAAAGGUCAAGGCUGCCUAUACCUACCAGUUCGAUGCCCUGCGCGAACAUUGCGAGAAAGUGGCCAUUAUCGCUGGCUACGGCAAGCACCUGCUCGACCUGAUCGACGAUACCCCUGUCACUCCCGGCGAGACGCGAGCGGCAUAUGAUGGCUACGAAGCCAGCAAGGCCAUCAUCCAGGAUUGCGAAGAUGCUCUCACAAACUGGGUCACGCAGAAUGCUGCCGUGAGCUCCAAGCUUUCCACUCGGUCGCGGAACCUCUCUCAGCGCCGGCGCAACACUAUCAGGGCCAGGGAAGAGGGUCACGACUUGUCUCACCAGGACGUGCCGCUGAACGACCACGGCUCCUGGACGCAACAAGGAGUUCCAAUCGACAGCGAUGGUGAAGAGGCGGAAGAGGAAGAGGAGCGCCCCCACUCUGCUAUGGGUAGUGACGGUGGCAUGAACGGCGAGGCACGAGGUCGGACUCAGGAGAUUCUCGCCGCCUAA